CGAUGACGAUAUCCCAGCCACUAAAAACCGCCUGAUUCUCAUCCUCAUCCCUUUGUACUACACAUUUCUUCUUCUCCUCCUUCACCAUCUCACACUUAUCUUGGCUGUAUACGAGCAUCAUGGCAAGAAUUGCAGAGGGCCUGCCUAGGGCUGGCUCGACGACUACUAUCACGACAGAGAGGAAGAAGAAGCCCAUUGAAACGAAAGCGCUAAUGACAGAGGUUCAGAUGUUGGAUGGUGCUGAUGUCUGGGGUCGUGCAGCAUUCGGGAGGUCGUGGCUGCGAUCGCUCGUUGGUGCAUCGCCUUUGUUCCUCGCGCCAAUGGCUUCGAUAUCAAUCUUCAUCACGCUGGCCGAAUACGAAGGAUCCCUCUCCCUCUUCGCAGACGCCGUAAAAGAACACGGCUUCUGGACCAUUUGCGCCCAGUACGGUCCUCACAUCACCACCAAAGGCAUCGCCGCAGUGAUCUGCUUCGUCGGAAUCCAGGCCCUUCUGUACUGCCUCCUCCCCGGCGAGCAACACCAGGGUCAAUUGACACCAGCGGGCUAUCUCCUCAGCUACAAAAUCAACGGCCUCUCAGCCUGGAUCGCCACGCACCUCCUUUACGCAGCUCUCAGCUGGUUGGAGAUUCUGGACCCUGGCUUCAUUCCCCGCAAUUGGAGUAGCUUGAUUGGAGCUAUGAACUUAGCUGGGUUCGUUAUUUCGGCACUUGCGCUCGUCAAAGCGUACGUAAUGCCGACGCAUCCUGAAGAUAGGAAGUUCAGCGGGUCGUUCCUAUACGAUUUCUUCAUGGGGGUUGAGUUGAACCCGAGGUUGGGGGAGAACUUUGACCUUAAGCUUUUCAGCAAUGGCAGGGCAGGGAUGAUGGUGUGGACCCUGAUCGACUUUUCCAACAUGGCGUAUCAGUACCAGAAUCAGGGAUAUGUCGAACCAUCGCUAAUCCUUGUCACGGCACUACAGACCAUUUACGUGGUAGAUUUCUUCGUCAAUGAAUCAUGGUAUCUGCGCACAAUCGACGUCAAAUUCGACCAUUACGGCUUCUAUCUCAGCUGGGGCUGCUUCUGCUUCUUACCAACAACAUACACCAUCCAAGGCCAAUAUUUGGGCCGUUACCCAUCAUCAGCUUCAACACCUUACCUAGCAUUCUUCUUCGCCCUCGGAGUAGCAGGCUACAUCAUCUUCCGCUCCGUCAACCACCAAAAAGAAAUCGUACGACGCACCGGCGGAAAAUGCACCAUCUGGGGUAAACCAGCAGAAUGCAUAGUCGCAUCCUUCAGGACCUCCGACGGUCGGCAGCACAGAAGCCUACUCCUCUGCAGCGGUUGGUGGGGAUGGUCUCGGCACGCAAAUUACCUGGGCGAUCUGAUUCUCAGCUUCUGCUCUUGUGCGCUGGUGGGCAGUACGAGGGCUGUGGUGUGGACGUACGCUGUGUGGAUGACGGUGUUGCUUGUGCAUCGGUGCAUACGUGAUGAGAAGAGCUGCUCGGUUAAGUAUGGUGCUGCGUGGACUGAGUAUUGCAGACGUGUGCCUUGGCGAUUUAUUCCUGGCAUUUGGUAAGAUUUUGGACUUAACGGACUUUGAUCAAAGGGAGAUUUGUGCUACGUUUGGUGUAAAGUUGUGAAACAGCAUGGAUAGAUGGUGUUACUUGUGCUCGGGGCGAAAGCUCAGCCCGAAUCUAGACUCGAUAGAUUUAGAGUGUUGUGCAGGUUAUGCAUAUUAUACUCGUCAAUGAGAGAUUUCUUUCUUUCUGUUUAGCGAAUGUGCUACCAAGUUGUCACUAUGCGAGCCGACCACAUAGAUCGGCUCACUGAUAUCCCG